AUGUCGUCUAGGAGCGAGCGCAGUCUCGGCUCCGCCUACGCCACACCGGCCACAAUCUUCGGGGACCUCUCGCGCGGAUCUGCCGCGUCCGCCUCUGGCGGCGCCGCCAGUAGCGGCAAGAGCCCGGCGGAGGGCACGGGGACGAAGAGGAAGCCGCCCUUCCGGCCUGCGCCGGACGACACCAAGCCCGUGCUCCGCGACCCGAUCUCGCGGUCGGACCCCGUGGAAACCGAGCAGGCCGUGCUGCGGCUGCCGCCCUUCCCCUGACGCCGACCCGCGUCCUGA